AUGGCGCAGGAAGCAUCAGCAAACCAACGCAACUCCCCCCUUCUCCGCCUUCCCGCCGAGCUUCGAAACCAGAUCUACAACUACGCGUUGGGCGGCCAUAUAGUCUUAUUGGGAACAACACAUGAGCUUGUUUACCCACGGAAGCCACGCCUCUACCCAGAGGAGCCCAUCCCACACUUCGCGCUACUAAGAGUGUGCUCGCAAAUCCACGCCGAGGCCGCCCUUCUCCCAUACAGCCUCAACAUCUUCCACUUCUUCACAGACCUCAGCAGCAUCAAUGCUUUCAUGAGCAGUAUCAGUACAUCGCAGCUUGGAGCUCUUACGAUACUGGUUAUCCAAAUCAAAGACGUCUGCAGAAAUCCAGAUCACAUGUCGCCUCAUCUGAUUCAGUGCAAAAGUCUCAAGGAAAUCAGGAUACGCUACAAUACAAAGUCCGUUGUGUUCCCGAGGAACUACGACUUGUCUCGUGUAGGUUGGUUCGCGAAGCUACUGCGGGAAAAGAUCCCUGAUGUCAAGGUUACGACGUGGGACACUGGUAUGGGAAUCAAAUGUACGGGACAUUACUAA